AUGGUGACAGCUGACGACAUCCAGAACGCGCCCGAUCGUGAGAGUAUCGCCAAGCUCAGAGCAACGGUCCGCGGCUUGAGAACCCGGAAGAUGAAGGAGCUGGUCGCAAUCAGAAACCAGACACGUCUCAACCUGGAUGACGACGAGAGUACCAACGACGCCGAACUUGCCGAUCUUUAUUCCAAGGAGGAAGAACUUGAGAUUGCUAUCGAGUCACUAGCUAGGUUAGCUGACCAAGCUACUUGUAGGAUCUCAGAGCUCAUGAAAGAGUCUGUCAUUCCCCCUACAUCUACGACUACCUCCUCCUCGGACGAUGGUCUCUCAACUCUGGUUACGGCCCUUACUUCGGCAUUGCAGAAGCCGCCGAGCUUACGUACCAGAAUCGCCGAUGUGAACCGUCUUUCGGUUGCCAGUAAAGCGUUGAAGGACCCCUUCCUGUUGCCUACUCAUUUCAAGCGAGUGGAGCAACUGUUGGUCGCAUCUGGGUUCGCUACUUUUGUCAACGGUAAGUUCACUCCAGACGACGACAUCGAGGUUUACCUUGUCGAGAAGCUCAUAUCUACCCUGGUUGACCAUGACGGUGUGAUAGCCGAAGCGAAUGCGGCAGUGGACGAAGCCGGUGGAGACUGGCAUAGGGUGAUGACCGUUCUAUUGGACAAGUUCUCCCGACCCGAGAAUGUCCGACGCGAACUUCGACGAAGGGUUGGUAAACUCACUUUCCGUGGGGCUGCUUCUUUCGACUCGUUUGUGGCCGAUGUUCGACGCCUUCGUAUUCUAGCGAAGAGUGUUCGCCACGAUCAGUCUAAGAGCACCCCCCAGUCGGCUGAUGAUGUCCACUUCAUAAAUUCCGUCUUACGGUGCCUUCCAUCUGAAAUCUACACUGACUUGGUGCAACAGGUUGCUCAAACCGCGAGAAUGCUCGAACCUGAGAGUGUCUCCAAGGAGUGGCAGUUGAGGUUACCGUUUGAUGGUGAAGCUAACGAGGUGACAAUAUUGUCUAUUCUCGGUGACAUCUGUCAGUCUAUUACCGUUGUCUCGGAAGCUAGGAAGCCUGCUCGCCUUCCCGACCGUGAGUCCGGUUCCAAGGACAUCCGUGACCGGCUACUGCAUACGACUGACUCUACCAACUCCGACGCUAAGAAGGAGUUCCGUGAUGUUAUGUCGUGGGCCCGCCAGCAGCCUUAUGUCCUCUUCAUCACAGGGCCUGGGGUUGAGAAGCUUGAAAAGGCUCCAGCGAACUCUCCAGGGCUGAGUUCCGCUUCAGAGGUGAAGUUUAUGACAUCCCGUCGUGGCCAGCGUUACGCCCUGCUGUCUUUUGAUAGCAAAGGUGCUGGGGAGGCGGCUGCUACGGACAGCUUCACUGAUCGUAAGCUCUAUUCGCGGGUCAAACAGUUCGAUGCUGACUCCAACACGAAGUCAAAAAACUUCCGCGGCCGUGCGAGCCAGUAG